GGAAGAGCUGCGCUCUGAGCUUCCGGAGCGGCGGUUACGCGGCUGGGGGAGCCGUUGGCGUGGUGGUCGGUGGUUGCCGGUGCCGUCCCGGCCCCCGGGCGGGAGGGUCGAGGGGGGUUGAGCAUGAACAUGGCAGAAGGGGACACCCUGAUAUCAGUGGAUUAUGAGGUUUUUGGGAAGGUGCAAGGGGUGUUUUUCCGCAAGUACACGCAGGCAAUUAUUUACAGUCACAAAAGGAAACCGUUGCCUGGCAUUCUCACCAGUUUUCUACCUGCCAUGAUCAAGUGCUUGUCAGCUGAAGUACAAGCCAAAUUGCGUUCUGGUUUGGCUGUAUGCUCCUUAGGCCAAUGUGUGGAGGAGCUUGCCCUCAACAGUAUUGAUGCUGAAGCAAAAUGUGUGGCUGUGAGACUGAACAUGGAAAUCUUCCAAAUCCAAGUGAUAGACAGUGGAUUUGGGAUAGGGAGGGAUGAUGUGGACAAGGUAGGAAAUCGUUAUUUCACUAGUAAAUGCAACUCCGUACAGGACUUGGAGAACCCAAGGUUUUAUGGUUUCCGAGGGGAGGCCUUGGCCAGUAUAGCUGACAUGGCCAGUGCUGUGGAAAUUUCAUCCAAGAAAAAUGGGACAAUGAGAACUUUUGUGAAACUGUUUCAGAAUGGAAAAGCCCUGGAUGCCUUUGAAGCUGACUUGACCAGACCAAGUGCUGGGACAACAGUAACAGUAUAUAACCUAUUUUAUCAGUUACCUGUAAGGAGGAAAUGCAUGGAUCCUAGACUGGAGUUUGGGAAGGUUAGGCAGAGGAUAGAAGCUCUCUCACUCAUGCACCCUUCCAUUUCUUUCUCUUUGAGAAAUGAUGUUUCUGGUUCCAUGGUUCUUCAGCUCCCUAAAACCAAAGACAUAUGUUCCAGAUUUUGUCAAAUUUAUGGACUAGGUAAGUCCCAAAAGUUAAGAGAAAUAAAUUUUAAAUAUAAGGAGUUUGAACUUAGUGGCUAUAUCAGCUCUGAAGCCCAUUACAAUAAGAAUAUGCAGUUUUUGUUUGUGAACAAAAGGCUAGUUUUAAGGACGAAGUUGCAUAAACUCAUUGACUUUUUAUUAAGGAAAGAAAGUAUUAUAUGCAAGCCAAAAAAUGGCUCUGCCAGUAGGCAAAUGAAUUCAAGUCCUCGGCACCGGUCUCACCCAGAACUCCAUGGGAUAUAUGUAAUCAAUAUACAGUGCCAAUUCUGUGAAUAUGAUGUGUGUAUGGAGCCAGCAAAAACUCUGAUUGAGUUUCAGAACUGGGAUACUGUUUUGGUUUGCAUUCAAGAAGGAAUGAAGAUGUUCUUAAAGAAAGAAAAAUUAUUUGUGGAAUUAUCAGGUGAAGACAUUAAGGAAUUUAGUGAAGAUAAUGAUUUUAGUUUAUUUAGUGCUACUUUUCAGAAGCAUGUGUCUUCUGAUGAGAAGUGUGACAAAGUCAGUUUCCAAGAAGCAUGUAAUAAUAUUUUGGAUUCCUAUGAAAUGUUUAAUUUGCAAUCAAAAGCUGUAAAAAGAAAAGCUACAGAAAACAUAAACAUACAGAAUUCUAGGAAUUCAGAAGCUAUCCAAAAAAAGACAAAUGACUCAUUUUUGUAUACUUAUGAAUCUGAUGGUCCAGGUCAGAGUAAAAUGACAGAGUCAACUUUACAAAACAAAGAUAGCUCUUACUCAGAAUCAAGGGUCUUAGAACAAGAGAGACCUGAAGCAUCAGAAUCAGGAGAAAAUGAGAAACAUAAAAAUUCUUGCUUGGAACUUAACUCUUUAGAAAAUCCACGUGGAACCAAUUCAGAAAUGCCUGCAAGCCCUUUUCAGACAUUAGAUCACUUUGAGGAGAGUGGAGAUCUAGAAAUACAGAAAGCAAGUACUACUGUUAAUGACAUGGCUGCCGACAUCCUGAAAAAGAACAGAAUUCAGAAUCAACUAGAGACAUUUAAAGGUGCUACUGAAAUGGGCUGCCAACCUCUGCCUUCUGAGACAACAUUACUGAGAGUACAUGGUGCUCAGGGGGAGGAAGAGAAAAGAAACAAAGAACCUAGUAAUUGUGGAAGAAAUGUUUUUAGUUAUGGACAAAUUAAAUUAUGUUCCACUGGCUUUAUAACUCAUGUGGUACAAAAUGAGCAAACUGAAACAGAACAUUUAUUUAAAAAUUGUGUUCGACCUGGUCCUGUGAGUGCCAAAGAAACACUUGGAAAUAGAACACGCCAUUCAGUUGAGACUCCAAACAUCACAGAUUUAACUAGCACUUUAAGUACAGAAUUUGCUCAAUUGUCCAACAAAAAAUUGUGCAGAACAAAUAUAAGUUCUAGGCUAGAGAACAAACCUAUAACAACUUACAAAAAUUUUGCUAUUUUGCAGGAUGGUAGUAAAAAAUCACACACAGGUGGCUUAUUACUUGACACAUCUUCUUUCUCUUGGUGUAGGCAUGUUUCAAAUGAUAGUAAGAGAAAAGAUAAGUUGAUUGGUUUAUCCAGACCCAUCGCCCCUAAGAAGCUAAGCUUAAAUUCACAGCUAGGAUCUUUAGAGAAGUUUAAAAGACAAUAUGGGAAGGUUAAAAAUCCUCUGAAUACAGAAGUAGAGGAAAAUAAUAAUUUUGAAAUCACUACCAAUCUCAGUCCUCAAGUUGAACCUGACAUUCCAUGUAGAGACAAAAACCACGGAGACAACUCUGAUAUGUGUAAAAUCACUACUAUGAAACAUCAUGAUUCAAAUGGUAGUUGUCAACCUAUAAGUCACAUCUUUUAUUCGGGAAACUUUCCAUUCUCCAAGGAAGAAGACUGUUUAGAACAACAGAUUCCUUGCUCAGGAGAAAGUCCUGUAACUCUAAAGGAUCUAUGUCAUUUGAACAGAAAAUCUUUGGAUAUUGAGAAAUCACCUGAAUCACUAGCCUCUAAAUUAUCCAAAAUGAAAGGUUCUGAAAGAGAGACUCAAAUAAUGGAGAUGAGUCAUUUUAUUGAACGUCCACAAUCAGAUUCCAGUAGAAAAGACAGUGACUUACGCAGUGGGUUAUCCCUAGAUUCUUGUAUGUUAUUUAAAAAUGAGUUUAAAAACACAGAGAGUAUCAUCAUCCCAAUGCCAGACUCUGUCACACAGGAUAAUUCCUUCAAUAAAGACAGUGAAGCAUAUUCUAACAGCACAACAGAGAACUCUGUGAUACCAGAAACAAGUUUGGUAGUACCCUAUAACAGCUCUGCACUUAGUAAAGAUUUAGAUGUUCUUACAGUUUCAGAACAACAGAUGGGAAGUCCUGACUCUCCCAGUAGAAUGUUAAUGAGUCACAAGGACGAUUCCACAGCCAACCCAAAUGGAACUUGUUUUCAGAGUGAGGAAUCUAUAGCAACUUGUUCUGAAAAUGAAGAGUCAAACACAUGUUCUUUGGAUUGGCAACAGCAUUUUGAUGUAGCCCUGGGAAGAAUGGUUUACAUUAACAAAAUCACUGGACUUAGCACAUUCACUGCUCCUGCUGAGGACAGUCGGGCUGCUUGUACUAAGGAUCUGACAACGGUGGCUGUGGAUGUCAUACUUGAGAAUGGAUCUCAGUACAGGUGUCAUCCUUUUAGAAGCGACCUUGUUCUUCCCUUCCUUCCUAGAGCUCGGGAAGAGAGGACUGUGAUGAGACAGAACAACAGAGAUACUGUGGAUGAUGCUGUUGGUAGCGGAUCGCUUCAGUCUUUGUUCUCAGAAUGGGACAAUCCAGUAUUUGCCCGUUAUCCAGAGGUUGCUGUCGAUGUAAGCAGUGGUCAGGCUGAAAGCCUAGCAGUUAAAAUUCACAACAUCUUGUUUCCUUACCGUUUUACCAAAGACAUGAUUCAUUCCAUGCAGGUUCUCCAGCAAGUGGAUAACAAGUUUAUUGCCUGUUUAAUGAGCACUAAGACUGAUGAGUUUGGUGAGGCAGGUGGAAAUUUGCUAGUCUUGGUGGAUCAGCAUGCUGCCCAUGAGCGUGUCCGUUUGGAGCAGCUUAUUAUUGAUUCCUAUGAGAAGCAACAGCCACAAGGCUCUGGUCGGAAAAAAUUACUGUCUUCCACUGUAAGUCCUCCACUAGAGAUAACAGUGACAGAGGAACAAAGGAGACUCUUAUGGUGUUACCACAAAAAUCUGGAAGAUUUGGGCCUUGGAAUUAUAUUUCCGGAUACGAGUGAUUCUCUGGUCCUUGUAGGAAAAGUACCACUCUGUUUUGUAGAAAGAGAAGCCAAUGAACUUCGAAGAGGAAGAUCUACGGUGACCAAGAGUAUUGUGGAGGAAUUUAUUCGAGAACAAGUGGAGCUACUCCAGACCACAGGAGGCAUCCAAGGGACACUGCCACUGACGGUCCAGAAGGUGUUGGCAUCUCAAGCCUGCCAUGGGGCCAUUAAGUUUAAUGAUGGCCUGAGCUUAGAGGAGAGCUAUCGCCUUAUUGAAGCCCUGUCCUGGUGCCAGCUGCCAUUCCAGUGUGCUCAUGGGAGACCUUCGAUGCUGCCGUUGGCUGACAUAGACCACUUGGAGCAGGAAAAACAGCUUAAACCCAAUCUUGCAAAACUUCGCAAAAUGGCCCAGGCCUGGCGUCUCUUUAGAAAAGAAGGAUGUGAUACAAGGCAAAGCCUGCAGGUAUCCAUGCCUCCUUGUGAGCCACUAUGAGGACAGAAUUACUGAUCUAUAAGGAACCAAAAGGGAUGCUAACUAUAUGCCUCUGAGCAGAGAGCAUAAACAACAGGUACCAGCAGUCUUGACCGAAGCAGCCCAGUGCACCCGAGCAACAUGUCAGUCUUCCUUGAGCCGAUGAUCCCUCUAGUUGAGUAGCAGAUGGAAUUCAAGCCUAAAGACACUUCAUUCAUUUGCAUCCAUGGACACAGGAGGAUGCCCUAUAAUAUCUACUUUUUGUAACUUAUUUAGGGAUAAAAUUUAAUGAUUUGUCUGA